UCCUCGCGCCGACACUAAACUAACGAAACUUGUUGAUGCAAAUGAGGGAUAAACAAUUGAUGCUUUCAUGAGUAACGUAUCCAUAAUGACAAGAUGAUGUGUGGAUCCUUCAUUAAUUACACAUAACAAAACAACAUUUGAUUAUUGGAUAUGCUUUGGAUAACGAGCACCUGUUAAUUACCGUGUUUCAGAAGUCCAUAUUUUCGUGAAGUUACCGUGUCAACAAUGAAAGCAUUUUUGAAAGGAAGUGACAAUUCAGUGUUUUCACUGUCACCCAAAGUGACAACACUCGGCCGUGAAGGAUGUGACAUUCAACUACAGACAUCAGGAGUCGACCAGCAGCAUGCUGUGAUAGAAUAUCAUGAACAGGAAGACUGUUACGUCCUACAGGACCUCAACACUGCACAAGGAACCUACGUGAAUGACUGUCGGGUACAGAACGCCAUAGUGAGGCUUGCACCUGGGGAUAUCGUCAAAGUCGGAUACAGUGGAGUCCCGUUUGAAUUGAACAUAGAAAACCCACCACCUGCUCGUCAGGAGAGACCCGCAGGAUUCCAACAGAUAGCAUAUCCCCCUGUACAACAGCGACCAGCAUGGAGUCAGCCUCUGACACUUCUAUCUGACACCAUGAACUACGUCCCGACGGACACACAGCCGUCAAUAAACCAGGGGGCUAUGAACCUCCCAUACCUGUCCACAGGGCCAGCAACCAUUACCAUUCCAUCAGCAGUAUGGACGCCGACAAACCAACCGGUGCCUCGUCCCCCAGUCUCACUUCGUGCACGACCCCUCAGUGCAGGUUCUGCAAGGCCAGUCAGUGCAGGGUCAGCAGCAAGCUCGGCGCGCAGGGUCAAUGGAGGGUUUGACAGGGUGCAGACGUUUACAUCACCAGUCCAGUCACCAGUAACCUCACAGAGAUCUGUCGUAUCCGGAGGAUGGACCAAUGGACUAGACAGAAGAGCCACACCUCCAGUAUCGGUACCUGUGAUGGGUAGUCCAGACAACUUCAGAUUACAAGAAAAGGAACAGAGGAUAAUAGCCCUGACAGAGGAAGUGUCUCGACUCCGUAACUUGGAAGUGGACACGUUACGUAAGGACCAGAUGCUACAACAGAUGCAGCAGCAAAUCUUGGAGCUUCAGCAUCGUGUCGCCACUCAGGGGCCUCUCAUCAUGGGCGCCGAUACUGACCUGUCACAACGGGUUGUCGCUCUGGAGACUGAACUUACCUCGAAAAACCAGGAGAUGAUCUCCAUGAAAGAACAGUUUCGUACAAUUCAGUUGAGCAAUGCCCAGUUAGAAAGAUCCUCUAGUCCACCUGUAAUGACUGAUGAACUCUCUCUCAAACUUAAAGAAUUAAAUAACGUGAAAAAUGAGUUGGAGAGAGUUAAGAAGGACAAAGGUAUCACCUCAGGGCUCGUUACACAAAUGCAGAGAGAUUUGUCGAGUAAAGAUUCUACAAUCAGUAAACUCACUCGAGAGAUCGAGAUGCUGAAAAAGGAACUACGGGAAAAGGAAGGUUAUGUAAGCACGAUGACUGCCAAGGUCAAUAAGAUGAAGGACACUGGAAAGUCGACGGAGGAGAGAGACGCUAGAGAGAAGGAACUUAUCAGUCUCAGACAGAAAUUUAAGGCAACUGAGAACAAGAUCCAGGAGCAUCAGGAUUUGAUCAGUAAACUGAAGGAGGAGCUGGAGAAGACUAAACUGUCUGUGUUUGAGGAGAAACAGAUCCAGAAAAAGACGCAGAUCCAAAUGGACCAGACUAAAGCAGAACUUGUGGAUGUCCAGCGGACAGAGCGGGUGGUCAGGGUGGACCUGGAACAGGCCACUAAACGGCUGGAACGCUUCCGUAAUAGAGUAAUUCAGGUGACCUACUCCACACCAGGUAUUAAGGCCCCUGAGACAGAAAUCGGUGACGAUGAACUCAUCGAAACUCUCAAGAAGAUUGUCGAUGAAAGGACAUCAUUCUUCCAGAAGGUGAAAGAUCUGGAAAUUCAGCUCAAAUCAACAGAUUCUGCUCAGGACAGCUUCAAAAAGACCUCUUCAGACCUACGCAAUAAACUUAAUAACAUCAUUACACAUCUUAAGACCAAUGGAUUCAACGCCACCUCGCUGAAACAGGAACUAGACUUACUUAAUUCAGUUGUGACAUCGGAUUCACUAGUCUGGGUCCGGGACUCGUUGGUUGACCUACUUAAAAGUGCGUUGUCAUGGGAACAGGCAAUUGAGGCGUCACUAGAGCAGUGUGGGGUCAACGUCAAGCUGUCUAAUGAUGAACCAGGUAAACAUAUCCUUUUGUUGUUUGCGAAGUGGGAAUCUUCUAUAAGUGAGAAAGAGAGGCUGAUGGCCCAGAUCACUCAAGUGGAACAGCAAUAUAAGGAAGAACUUACACGGAAUCGUACCGUGGCAGAGGAGGAUUCAGAAAACCGAGUCCGAGAUGCCAUCGAAAAAACACGACUAGAGGGUGAAGAGAAGUUGAAUCGGGCAUUAGAGGAAGUGAGAGCUGUCGAGGAAGAAAAACUUGACAAUGCUGUAAGGGAGGAAAGACAAAGGGUGGAACAGCUAGAAAUGAGCUUGGAACAGCUGCAGGAGACAUUUACAAAUCAGCAGGGUGAUGUUCGAUCCCAAGCUGAGGAAACAAGUCAAAUGAUGGAGAGACUGGAGGAGUAUUCCACACUGGAGCAGUCACUACGGGAACAGAUCGUCUCACUGGAGACACAGGUCACAGAGUUCAAGGAGAACCUGUCCCAGGAGGGACAGAAAUGGGACAGGAAGUACGAACAGGACAUUCAGUCCUACAAGGAGCAGAAUAAACAACAUGGGGUCACUAUCUGUGCUAUGGAAGAGAGAUUGGUCAAGAUGACCAAGAGGGCCAGAGAAUAUCAGGACGAGGUCUCAACAUACAAGAAAACAAUACAUGAACUACGCGGUGAGGUAACAGCAUUAAAGAGUAAGCCAGUGCCUAAGCCAGUACCUCCGCCAAAACCGAAGGUCAUCGUACAGAAACCGUCCGAAGAUUUCGUAGCAAUGGAGAACCUUAUCAUUAUCCUAAGGAAGGAGUCUACAGAGCUAAAAAGUAAAAUACAGGAUCAGGAGGAUGUCGUACUGGGUUUGAGACGAGACUUGGCCGGAGCUCACGCCCGAUUGUCAGACAUUACUGGUGAACUGAGUGAGACUCAGAAACGUGAAAACGAGAAAAAUAAAGAACUGUUGAUCCAGCGUGAACGAGAAUUAACCGAUGUUCGGCAGCAGCUGGCCAAGCUUUCCAAGAUCAUUGACAAACAGAAGGAUGAGCUUAAGUCACUAGAGUCCAGCCUUAGUAAAGAGAAAUCAUUCUCCCAGAAAUAUAAGUCCAACCUAACAGAAAACAUGGACAAGAUCAGGGCCCUGGAAACAGCUCUGGAGCUAGAGAAAGAGGAACAGAAAAACCAACUUUCACUCCUGGACCAGGAGGGUCGAAUUACGUCUGAGAUGACUGCCCUUGGUGCUCAGUGUCGUGGCGAGAGGCAUGAACAGGUCAUAAUGAGACAGAGAGAAGCCCUCGCUGAGCUUAGAUCCCGUAUCAAAUCCCUGGAGGUCUCCAAACCACCUUUACCAACCCAGGACCAUGCACUACAACAGGUGAUCAUGCUCAAGAAAGAGCUUGCUGAAAUGAGGGCCAACCAAGCUCUGUCUGAAGACAAGGUGGCACUGGGUACUCUGGACCGUGAAGUCAGUCGAGCGCGUGGUCUGCUGGGUAACGCUAACCCUGAGGCCGAUAUGGAGAGAAGUGCACACAGAGAGACCAUGGAUGCUCUGGACAGCAGUGAAAACACUUACCUUACGUUACUGCGAGCAGUGGCCAGUUGUCUUGACCUGGAUAGUGUUGACGGUCUCCGUCCAAUAGGUCAUAUUCCCCGUGAUGAGAGAGAGCGACUCAUCAUGGAACGUGAGAACGCCUGUCAACUUGUAGCCAAUCGUAUCAAGGUGCUGAAGGAGCGUGUGUCACGGAAGGAUGAACUACUCCACGGAUAUGAGAGAGAUUUAGUGAAGAUGAGACAAUCUCAGGAGCUAGCUGAGAGGAAAGCUACACAAGUAGAAAAUCUGGUGUCCGAUGUAAAGACAAAAGCAGAAGAGACCCAGUAUUUACGAGAAUCUCUGAAUCGUACCCGGGAUCGACUGGAUCAGGAGAAACGCCUAAAUACAGCAAUAAAACAGAGAAAGACAUUCCACUUGGAGAAUGAGCGAGCCCACAUUCCCAGUACACGACCCGGAUCCUACUCUAGUCAUAAAUGUUCUAAUAUAGAUAUAAUGGGAAAGAAUGUUGCCAAGAAGAGACAACAGAAAGAUAUGGUGAAGAGGAAGAACUAUGAGAUCCAUACCCUAAAGUCAGAGUUAGUGGACAAGGAGAAAUCUCUGUGUGACUCAGAAUAUAGACUGGCUACACUGGAAAAUAGUAUGGGACUUGAAAGACAAGCAGAGUUUGUGGAAAGUUAACCUGAAAUAGACAUCUUAAAUAUAUACCGAGCAGCAUAUGACCAUAUAAGGACACAAUAUUAUAUUGAUUACAUAUACCUUAAUUCUCGUAGUGCUUAUUGCUGACAGAACAAAUCUCAUUGCGAUACUGCAUAUAGUGUAUUUCUGUUUUCGGUGAAGGAACUACUUUCUGUAGCGUAGGAGUAUGUGAGUGAUGAGUCUUGUACGUGUGAAAAACUGGAGAUGGAGACUUUUAUACGAUUCUCUGCUCAAGAUUAUGAAAACUGUACUACAGUACUUCUGCCAGUGAAUAACUCUUAAGAUCCCUCCCUGUAAUGUUGGGAGUGUGAGUACAAAAGAAAGCCAGACAGAAUUAUUUUCAGUUGGCGUUAAAUAAAAUACGCGUAAAUAUAAAUAAGUCAGGAGUUUUUUACCUUUGCCCUGGGAAGAUCAAGGACAAAAUGUCUCAUAUUUCGAAUAUCUGUUUAAUGGUUGUGUGAUAAAUGCUAAGACAUUUUUGAGGCAUUUUAUCCUUCUUUCAAAGUAUUGAAAUAUAAAUUGUAAGUACGAGUUGUUUACAAUAAUGUUGAGGAUGCUAGAAAGUCCAUGAUAGAAGUAUGUGUAUAUAGGACAUAUAAAGCAUGAAAUUUUCAUUAGAAAUCUCAUUAGACACUGAUGGACAUUUUAAUGAGUACGAUGUAUGAUGUAUAUAGAAAUAUAUGGUUUAUUGGUGUAAAUAUAUUUAAUUCUUCUAAUUUUACUAAACUUUAGUAUGUAAAAUUACAUUGUGAAAUUGUGAAGAAGUUUGAAGAAUAUAUUUUUCAAAUAUAUUUAUAUCAGAGGAUUGAAAUGUUGUGAUGUUUCAUACUAGAACUAGAACAGGGUUAUAAUCUUCCAGUCCUCUGGCCGGAAGCAAUUUUUGUGAUACAAAUAGGAACAUAUUAGCAUGUUGGUUAAAUUUGUAUUUGAUAUUGUUGUAAUUAAGGAAGAUGAGAUUGAUCAUAGUGGCGGUAUAAGUUUGUUAGGAAGUAUGUAUGUUAAGUGUAUACUCCUACAGUAAUACUACACUACACUCCUCUUAAUAUAACUUGUCAUAAGCUGAAUGAAAGAGAAAUAUUACAUGAAAUAUAUUUGAAAAGAGAUGUCAAUAGAGAAAUAUGCUAUAAAGAGAAAUAUUAUGUUAUAGAGAGAAAUAUUAUGUUAUAGACAGAAAUAUAGUAUAGAGGAAAAAAUAUACAAAGAGAAAAGUAAAAUUAACAAAUUAAAUUUUUACCGGUAUAAUCAUAGUUAUACACUUAAUAUGUGAAAUGACAUUGCUUUCUUUAAAUAUUAAAUCAAUCUGCCUUUAUUGUACACCUGUUUAUCUAUCAUUUCACAUCAGCCUUAAUGAGAUCAUUUUUUCCACAAGACCUUUUAUAGAAAUGGCACAAUAUAUUUUCCUAGUUAAAGUUGUACAUUGAAUUUUUACAUUAUUGCAAUAGACAUUAAGAGAAGUUCAUGUCUAAUCACAUCUAUCUUAUUACAAAUGACAUGUCAUUAAGUAAAUUGACAAUAAGAGGGAUGUAUUGUGGUAGUAGUUGGUUUUAAGAUGUUAUUUGCUUGUGCUUAUUUGAGUAAAUGUCUGUUGUCUGAAAGUAGAUGCUGCAAUCUGUCAAAUUACUGCCUCCUCUCCACCUCCCCAACCCCCCCACCAAAAAAAAAACAAAGAAACGAGAUAUUGGAUGAUUCCAAUGUGAUAAUUAUUUGUUGUAAAUGACAGCUUGAUAUACUAACAUAAUCAAAUUUGUAUAUAUAUUGUUGCAGGAAAAAAUCAUAAAAUGUAAUUAUUAUUAGAUGCUGUAUAUAUUUUUAAGAUUAUAACAAUGCUUUUAAGUUAAUAACACAUAUUCAGUUCAAGUUUAUGUUUGUAUGUAAUGACUAGUCCCACAGAUUUGUAGAUAAUUUUAAGUGUUAUGUAGAUUUGUGUGAAGAAAAGUUUAUUUCUAUGGAGACUGAUAGUAAUUAAAGUAGUACUGUACUUUGUAUUAGUAGAAAUAUUAUUAAUCCUUGACGAGACAUAUUGCUCUUCUCUCAAAAAAGUUUUCAGAACAGAAACCAUAUACAAAUUGUAUACUGUCUUAAUAUUAGAGUAAUUCUAACUAGAUUUAUUAAUUCAUGAAAACUCAACUGUUCUAAAUAAUGGUCAUUAAUUUUUGAGAUCUGUCAGCUCAGAUUUAAUUGGUGUAAGGGAGAUAACUCAUUGCUCUGUUACGAGAAACUAGUACAUUUUUCUAUAGAAUUUUAUUUUUCAAUGAUUAAUUAAAGUAUCCAUCUAAACAAGAUUUUUUUUGUUUUAAGAAAUGCAUCAGUUAUUUCAAACUUUAAUCAAAUUUUAUGAAUCUUUAACUGUACCAUAUAUAUUUGGUCUCAUAAUUGCUCAAAAUUAUUUGACAAAGUGUUCAAAUAUUACCAGGAUAAAUUUUGUCUUCAUUUGAUUUUUGUCAUUUUUUAUCGAUCAUAAACCAUUACUACAAUACUUACUACGCUGUGUCAUCCGUUUUUAUAGUCUAACAUUCCUCAGUGUUGAUGACCUUUGUAAUAAUGUACAUUAAUGUAUAUAUAUAUAAGAAUGUGUAUUGUUUUAACAAUUUUACAUCUUUAAACAUUGUUUUUAUACAUUGUCAUUGUUUACAGGGAGUAUUGAAUCUGUUACAAAGAGUGUUGAAGUCAUUGUGAAGUGAAUGACAGAUUUUUACUUGUUGUAUUCCCUUGACUCCGUCCUCUUUAUCAGAUUUUUACCUUUUGCAUUCCCUCGACUCCGUCCUUUUUAGACUCUAACUGACGUUUCUAUUUUAAGGUAUCAUGCUUCAUACAUUUUUUCAAAGCUUUGAUAUUUUUACACCGAUAAAUAUUGAAUGUUUUAUGACCAAGACAUCGCUAUACAUCCUUGGUUACUUUUGACCAUUCUCUGUUUUCUGCUUGCUCGCAUCAUUAACACUAUAAAAUCAAAUUACAUUGAUAAUGUGUACUGUAGCCAAAACAAGCAAUAGUUUAUAUAUUGACCAUGCUCAUCCUAACUUUAGAAGAUUAUUUUUAGCGAUAUUUUCUAUAAUUUAAUCUUGAUAUGAAAUUGCUGUAUUUAAACAUGUAGGAAGCUGUACGUAGUGCGAAGACAUUCUUGUACUGGUUAUAUAAAAAUGUCGUGAAAAGAUAUAGUCCAUCAGUUUAACAUAUUAUUUUAUCAAAUGAAGAGUACCUUAGAUUAAAACCCCUAGUAAAUAGUAACUAGAUAUUGAUAGUUAUAGAACGUUUUAUAAAACAUUUUUCUACUGUGAUUUAUAACUUUCCCCAUUUUUGGGGAUGUCAUUAUGUUAUUUUGUUGUGUCUGACAGAGGUUUAUGUAAAUCUCUGCACUUAAAUUGAUCACUGAACUAGAGAUUUUUCGUUUGGAUUUCCAUCCCCAUACCAAGUUGGCAUUCUUUCUGCAUUGUAUGAAAACCUUGUUUGUAAUAAUUUGAAAGAAAUAUUUUACAUAAGAUUUUUUUUUUCUUUGAAAUUUUAAAAUUAAAAUUGAUGUAAAUCAUUAUUAACCAUAUCAAAAUGAAGGAUACAAUGUAUGUGUAAACAUCGGUUUAACUGGUGGCCAGAUUUUGGCGGGACCAGACCUGUGUUAACCCCUCGACUGUGAUGUACGUUACACAAGAUCAUACAUUGUGUAACACUAGCUGUUAUUGUAUUGUAAUGUGUCCUUGACCCCUACAGGUCAAACUCAUGAUAGGUCAAGCGUAAAUAAAAACUUUUCUAGAUA